AUGGCCGGUUAUCCAUACCAUUCCCCACCACCACCGCCUUCACCACCUUGUAAUAGCACAACUUCUCCAAUACUUCCCCCUCCACCUCCACCUCCACCGCCUUCACCACCGUGUAAUACUACUACUACUCCAAAGCUCCAACCUCCACCACCACCAGCAUGCACAUGUAACAAUCUCCCACCCCCAACUUUGCCAUCACCACCGCCACCAUCUCACUACUAUCCACCAAUACAUUCACCGCCGCCCCCAUCCCCAUCACAUCCGUCACCCCUAUCACCACCACCACCACCCUUUAAUUAUUCCCCACCAGUACUUCCACCGCCUUCAUCACCAUCACCACCACCAGCAUCACCCCCUUCAUCUUACUUUCCCUCACCACAACCUACACCAUCACCUCCUUCGCCUGACUACUCACCACCACCACCAUCACAAUCACCAUCUCCUUGGGCAAUCCCUCCUAAUCAUUAUAAUUCAAUUUCUCCGAAUUAUUAUGAUUCAAUUGCACCAGGACCCCAGUUUUCGUCACCUAGCAAUGGCCAACGCACAGCUAUUGUUACCACCUUUGUCUCCCUAGGUGGUGUAUUUUUUGUUGCUUUCAUUGUAAUUGGGCUCCUUUCCAUGGCCAUGAAGAAGAGAAUGUCGAGAAAUGGGACGGGUCAACUUGGUUCUAGUGAAGACAGACACAAUCUGGAGAGCAACCCUGCAGGCAAACCCACUGACUACAGUGAUAUUGAAAACGGUCCUGAUCCAGACACGAACCUGGUUGAAAGUUCAAAGGUACAAACGGCUCCUCCAGAUCAACGUAUUGUGCAACAAGCACAAGAUUUACAAACCAGUAUCUCAAGUGGGGCCAACAAUACAAGUGCUGAUCCAAACGUGGGCCAAGAUUCUUUUAAUGAUAAUCAAGGAAAAGUAGAUGGCUCGGAUACAAUCGAGUCGAGCAAGCCUUCCGGUGAACAAAGUGUUCCUGAUGAAGAUGCAGGUGAAGGAAAAUUAGACGAGGGCAACAGCAAACCUCAUGAUGACCACACAGAUGCAUCUCCAGAUGUGGAGAAAGAAUCCAACGCAGUUGAAGAAGAAUCAAAUGAGUCCAAAAAGAAACCGCGCCUACCAAAGAACAAAAAAUCUCAGCGUAAGAGCGGUGCGAAGAAGGGAAAAGAAAACCCUUCUGGAAUCCUGCAAUUUGCAAAAGCUGCAGAUAUUAUUGGUGCAGAAGAAUUAGAAGAUGGUGACAACGAUGAAGACGAAGUGCCUGAAUCGAAUCCGGAGGAUGACGGCGAUGAAAAAGUAGAACAUUCUAAUGCAGACGAACAAGAACCAGACGAGCGCCAUGGCGAGCCUCUCAGUCACCAAAGUGAGACAAAAAACAAUGAUUCUGCUCAACAUGUGGAGGAAGAAUCCAACGCAGCUGAACAAGAAUCAAAGGACUCCAAAAGUAAAUUGAGUCUACCUAAGAAGGAAAGAUCUCCGAGUACCAACGGUGUGAACAAGGGAAAAGAAAAGCCUUCAUCGAGUAGUGGUGCGAAGAAGGGAAAAGAAAACCCUUCUGGAAUCCUGCAAUUUGCAAAAGCUGCAGAUAUUAUUGGUGCAGAAGAAUUAGAAGAUGGUGACAACGAUGGAGACCAAGUGCCUGAAUCGAAUCCUGAGGAUGACGGCGAUGAAAAAGUAGAACAUUCUAAUGCAGACGAACAAGAACCAGACGAGCACCGUGGCGAGCCUCUCAGUCACCAAAUUGAGACAAAAAACACUGAUUCUGCUCAACAUGUGGAUGAAGAUCCCAACGCAGCUGAACAAGAAUCAAAGGACUCCAAAAAAAAACCUUCUUUGAGUAGUGGUGCGAAGAAGGGAAAAGAAAAUCCUUCUGGAAUCCUGCAAUUUGCAAAAGCUGCAGAUAUUAUUGGUGCAGAAGAAUUAGAAGAUGGUGACAACGAUGAAGACCAAGUGCCUGAAUUGAAUCCUAAGCAUGACGGCGAAGAAUUGAUUUCGGGUGGUUCAAAUAAUGCAGAUGAAAAAGUAGAACAUUCUAAUGCAGAUGAACAAGAACCAGACGAGCGCCAUGGCGAGCCUCUCAGUCACCAAAUUGAGACAAAAAACACAGAUUCUGCUCAACAUGUGGAGGAAGAAUCCAACGCAGCUGAACAAGAAUCAAAGGACUCCAAAAGUAAAUUGAGCUUACCUAAGAAGGAAAGAUCUCCGAGUACCAGCGGUGUGAACAAGGGAAAAGAAAAGCCCUCUUCAAAUAGUGGUGCGAAGAGGGGAAAAGAAAACCUUACUGGAAUCCUGCAAUUUGCGAAAGCUGCAGAUAUUAUUGGUGCAGAAGAAUUAGAAGAUGGUGACAAUGAUGAAGACCAUGUGCUUGAAUCGAAUCCUGAGGUUCGAUUGAUUUCGGGUGGUUCAAAUAAUGCUGAUGAAAAAGUAGAACAUUCUAAUGCAAAUGAACAAGAACCAAACGAGAGCCUUGGCGAGCCUCUGUUCAAUCACCAAAGUGAGACAAAAAACACAGAUUCUGCUCAAUAUGUGAAGGAAGAAUCCAACGCAGCUGAACAAGAACCAAAGGACUCCAAAAGUAAAUUGAGCAUGCCUAAGAAGGAAAGAUCUCCGAGUACCAGUGGUGUGAAGAAGAGAAAAGAAAAGCCUUCUUGGAAUAGUGGUACGAAGAUGGGAAAAGAAAACCCUUCUGGAAUCCUGCAAUUUGCAAAAGCUACAGAUAUUUUUAGUCUAGACGAGGCAGAAGAAUUAAAAGAUGGUGACAACGAUGAAGAGCAAGCGCCUGAAUCGAAUCCUGAGGACAACGGAGAAGAAUUGAUUUCAAGUGGUUUAAAUCAUGCAGAUGAAAACGUAGAACAUUCUAUUGCAGAUGAAAAAGAACCAGACGACUGCCACGGCGAGCCUCUCUGUCACCAAAGUGAGACAAAAAACACAGAUUCUGCUCAACAUGUGGAGGAAGAAUCUAACGCAGUUGAAGAAGAAUCAAAUGAGUGCAGCCACAAGCCUCUCAGUAACCAAAGUGAGACUAAGAAUACAGAUGUUACUCAAGACGUGGACAAAGUACAUGCAGCUGAAAAGGAUUCAAAUGAUUCCAAAAGAAACUUGCGCCCCCCUAAGAAGGACAAAGCUUCGAGUAGUCGUCGUCAUCCGCAAGGAAAAUUACAACAUUCCAGAUUUGAUCAAGUCUUGAAUGCCACAGAUAAUAUUUGUCAACAUGGGGGAGUACAAUCUCAAGAAGAUGACAACGACGAAGCAGAAGUGCAUGAGUUGGGAUCUCACAAUGAUGGUGAAGAAUUUGAUUUAAGUGGUUCAAAUAAUGUAGAUGAAGGAGUAGAGCGUCAAUCUAAUGAACAUGAAGAAGAAUCAGAUGAGCGUCAUUGCAAGCCUCUCAUUAAUCAAAGCGAGUCUGAUAACAUAGAAGCUACUCAGUAUCAGGAGAAAGAACCAUAUGAAGGUGAAAAAAAACCAUAUGGUUUAGAAGAAAAAUCAUAUGAAUCGGAAAAAAGAUCGUUGCAGAUGAAAAAUCCUUCUGGUCAUCGGAGUGGAAAACAGAAGCCUUUCAAAUUCGGUGAAGCUUUGAAUAUCACAAGUAAUGUUGAUCUAGAUGGAGCUAUAAAAUCUCAAGAGGAUGACGACCGCAAAGCAGAAGUACAAGAAUCAAAACCACAAGAAGAUGGCGGAGAUUUGAAUUUGGGUGGUCCAAACAAUGCAAAUGAAGAUGUCGAGCUUCCAUCUAAGGUUGAUGAAGAAAUAUCAAAUGAGCCCCUUUGUAACAAAAUUGAGACUGGCGACAUAGAGGUUACUCAAGAUGUGGAGCAACAAUCUGAUGAAAAACAAAAAUUAAUCAAUUCGAAAGAGACAUUCUUCCAGAAGAAAAAGCAUUCUAGUCACCUUACUAGAAAACAAAAGGCUUCCAUAGUUGGUCAAGUUUCGGAUGUCGUAAGUAAUUUUGAUCUAGAUGGGGCAAUGCAAUCUCAAGACAUUGAUGCGGAUGAAGUGGAGGUGCAUGAAUCAGAAUCCCAAAACCAUUUUGAAAAAUUGGAAGUAGCUAGUUCAAAAAAGGACCAGCGUGGGCAACAAGCUCAUACCCGAGCAAGAAGUAGAGAAGAGCCUUUGAAUCUUGAGCGACUUAUAAGUACCGCUAGUGGUACUGAUUCAAGCAGGGCAAUGGUUUCUUUGGUCGAUGAAGAAGGCAAAGUUGAAGAACUAAAUCCAUUUGCCAGUGCUCGAGGAGGUAAACAGGCUCUGAGUAAAGCUACGGUUCCUCCGGAUCUUAUCCAAAUCACUGCCACAAAUGUUGAUGAUUCAAGUGAGGAAUUAAAGUCUGUUGGUGCUGACAAUUAUAAAGAUAACAAAGCAAAGGCACAUGAAGUGAAAUUUGGCGGUUCGAAGAAAGAUUUGCGAGGGCGCCAACAUCAUACUCAAGAACAAGAGGAACUAAAGCUUUUCAAUCUUGAAAAAGUCGUGACUACCGCAAGCAGUAGUGAUUCGGGCAAGGCACUGGUUUCUUUUGACGAUGAAGAUGAGAAAAUACAAGAGUCAGAACUAAUUGCCUCAAAUGUAGAUUCAUACUUCCAGCAACCGCUUUCUAGUGCUCAAGGAAUUGAUCAGAAUGUGGAAUUGACGUCUCUUGGAGAUGGCGAUUACAAAGACAGAAAAGCAGAAGUAUAUCAGUUAAGCAAAGACUCGCGCAAAAUCAAAGGUCAUACUAUGGGUGCUCGAACAAGAAUAGAGCCUCCUAAUCUCGACCAAAUUGUUACAGCCAGAAUUGGUGGUGAUCUAGGCGACGGAUUGGAGUCUCUAGGAGGUAACCAUGAAGGAGAAUCAGACAAAGAUGGCUCAAAUAAAGAUUUGCCCGGCUCCGGUCAGACUAGUAGAGGAACACAACAGCUUCCCAAUCUGGUCCAAAUUCUGACUGCCACAAAUGAAGGUGAUCCAAAUCCAGAACUGAAAUUUUGUGAAGAUGACAAAGAAUUGGAAUUAGAAUACUCAAUGAGAGAUUUGAGCCUCCAAGAACCUUCUCCAGAUGAAAUAGAGCCUUCAACAGAUGAUCAAAGCGUGUUUGCGACUGUUGAUGAUGAUCCAGACGUGGUACAAUUUCAUUACAAUGAGUAUGACGAAGAACCAGCUGAAUCAAAUAAAGAUGGUCGCACUGGAAAGCCUCUUUCUCGUCCUCCUACCACUAGUCUCAGAGGAAAAAGAAGAGCCUGAUUCAAGUCUCUGCUAAAUGCUGUUGUCGCUGCCCAAUCUUUCAUCAAGUGGUUCACAAGCUCAAAAGGCAUCAUUUCGUGUGAUUCAGGUUCGUCUUUAACCUCGUUUUACUUCUAUUUCAACUCCUUUAAUAUAUCAAUAAUGUUGUUCUCACUGGUAGAUGGUCUGCAAUAGCCUCUUGCCUAAUCUCUCAGUUCUCUUUGUUGGGUUGUCGGCUUGGGGCCUUGUUCAAGUUAGUGUUCUGUAUUUGUUGGGCUUGGUCUGUGUAAUUAAUUUCAUGACUUGAUUUUCAGUCGAGUGUUAUCCUAAAUCAUGAUAUGUGUACUUAAUUUCAUAACUUGAUUUUCAAUGUGUUACCCUAAAUCAUGAUAUGCGUACUUAAUUUCA